AAAUUCUCACAUUUCUUUCAAAGUUCCAAUAUAUAUCUUUGUUCUUGAUUAAUUCCAUCAAUAUGACAGCCCUGAAAAGAAGCAGAGAAGACAAUGGUCAAGUGGAAGCAGAAGCCAUGGCUAACUAUGCCUUAAUGCUCAUGGCUCGUUUAAACAACAGCAACACUUCUUCAUCAGAUCAUCACAAUGAUUUUGAAUGCAAGACUUGUAAUAAACGGUUCCCAUCUUUCCAAGCCCUCGGUGGUCACCGUACAAGUCAUAAUAAACGGCCAAAAUUACUCGGAGAAUUUGUUAUUGAAGCCAAAAAGAACAAAAUGCAUAAAUGUUCUAUAUGUGGAAUGGAGUUUUCUUUGGGCCAAGCUUUAGGUGGCCACAUGAGGCAUCACCGUGAUAAAAUCAAUAAAACGUCGAUGAUAAUAUCGGUGUUGAAGAAGUUAAAUAGCAGCAAGAGAAUUGUUUGCUUGGACUUAAACUUAACCCCUCAUGUUGAUGUUGAUUUCAAGUUAUGGCCGAUGACACCGGUUUCAUUUCCUGUAUUGCGAAUCUUUAUUUAAUUCUUUUUGAACACUUUGCGUUCAUUUUUCGUGUAUAUAAUCCCUACUAAGUUAGCUGAUUCUUUUACAUAUGUUGUAUCUGUCCAUAUACCACCUAGAAUUUCGAUAUGUAUACAUAUCAUGUGUUCGAUUUUGUUACCUUGAAUAUUAUAUACUGGUAUAAUAACAUCGAACAUAAAAAUAAUUCAAUCAAAUGUGAUUCAAAUAUUCCUAUGUACUGCUACGUCAAAAUCUGAUGUGGCAAAGAAGACUGAACCUCCGAUAAAACGGGGCAGAUGUGCAAAAAACGAAAAUCAGGGGCUAUUUUGGUCUAAUUUUGAUGUGGAAAUAUUGGGGAGUUAUAAAAACAACACUUGAAGGAAAAUAUCAUCAUGUUUGGCCAAUUUCAAUACAAGUUUUGGAGACUAGGGUUUAUCAACUCACACUUUGGAAGAAAAGAUUUAAAGACCUAGAUGAGAAAUUUCUUACUCUUUUACUCAUUUCUUCAAUUCCUUGUUAUGUAUUGAAUAUCUAAGUGUGUAGUACUCCAUUCCAUUACUUGAAUCUUGUUUAUGGAAAUAUUCUAUGAUUAAAGUUUGGAUGAAACUCUUGUUUUGCUUAUGUAUUGAAUGAUUUUUAUUGCUAA